AUGGGCACGAAGGUACUCAUCGAGAUGCAACAGCAGCUGAGAAACGCCAUGUCCAAUACAGAUAAUGCACCGACCAGUACAAAGAAGUUGGAUGAUCUAGUGGAUAUCAAUAAUUCGGUAUUUCUAGUCUUCGAGGAUAUCUCGUACAGUGCCAGACCGUUCAUUCUAUCCAGAAAAAAGACCGAACUACUAAAAAAUAUCAGCGGCGAAUUCAGACCCGGCGAACUCUCGGCAAUUAUGGGACUGUCCGGUGCUGGAAAAUCCACGUUAAUGGAUGUUCUAGCUGGUUUCACAACGGCUGGUGUAACCGGGAAUAUAAUGGUCAAUUCGAAAGCUAGGAAUCUCAAUGAAUUUCGACAGCUGUCCGCGUAUAUAAUGCAAAACGAUAAUUUGCAGCCGCUGUUAACCGUUCAAGAAGCUAUGAACGUCGCUGCUGAAUUGAAACUUACCAUGAGUCACAGAGAAAAAAAACAGAAGAUCGAUCAUCUCUUAAUCACGAUGAAUCUUGACACAUCGCGGCACACGCUCACGGGGAAGCUCAGCGGCGGAGAAAGGAAAAGGCUGGCUAUUGCAUUAGAAUUAAUAAACAGUCCUCCGAUUCUGCUCCUCGACGAGCCAACUAGCGGACUGGACAGCGUCACUUCGAAGUACUGUAUAACGUUGCUGAAGCAACUGGCAAAGGCGGGGCAAACAGUGAUUUGCUCUAUUCAUCAGCCUAGCGCGUCGCUCUUGAAUAUGGUCGAUCACCUUUAUGUGGUGGCGGACGGAAGUUGUGUCUACAACGGUAGCACGCAGAAUUUAGUGCCUUAUUUGAGCAGCCUCGGCCUGCAGUGUCCGACACACUAUAAUCCCGCAGACUAUUUGUUGGAAAUCUGCAACGGAGAUUACGGCAAACACGUACCGGAGAUGGUCGUUGCCAUCGAGAAUGGGAAAAAUAACUCAUGGAGGUCGACAAGCAAUGUAACCGCCGUCAAUUGCCAAGAGGAAGUGAUCGCUUUGAACGUGACGGCAUCGUUUCAGGCGCUCCGGCAACGUUUUCCGAUGGAGAUACAGAACGUGAGCGGUAGACGCGAGAAGACCGCUGACUAUGCCACCAAUUUUUGGAAACAACUAGUCAUACUCCUUAAAAGGAACGCUAUCAGGCUCUCCAGGGAUAAGGUAUUAACGUUUACAAGACUUUCGAUGCAUUUUGUAAUCGCCCUGCUCGUCGGCGUGAUCUACUUCAAAGUUGGCCAGGACGCUGUGUACGUGUUGGAUAACUUCAACCUUCUAUUUUUUAAUAUAAUGUUCCUCAUGUUCAGCGCAUUUAGUGCAACGGUGACAACAUUUCCCUCGGAGUUACCGGUGAUCAUGCGGGAGCACUUCAAUCGCUGGUAUAAGUUACACUCGUUCUAUCUCGCCAAUAAGUUGGCCGACAUUCCCAUUCAGUUCACAGCUAUUUCGUCGUACAUUCUCAUCGUAUAUUACAUGAGCGAUCAACUCUUGGAACUCCAUCGAUUUUGUCUCUAUACCUUAAUGUGUUUCGCGAUCAGCAUGGUGGCACAAAUGUUCGGCCUUCUGGUUGGAACUGGAAUGAAAAUCCAGCACGGUAUGAUAUUUGGACCGUUCGUGAUCCUCCCGUUCUUAAUAUUUAGUGGAUUCUUCGUACAAUUCAGAGACGCUCAUCCGUACUUACGAUGGCUGUUCCAUUUGUCUUUUCUUAAGUAUGGUUUCGAGGGUGUGAUGAUCGCUAUUUACGGUUACGACAGACCAAAGCUUUCAUGCUCAGACGUUUAUUGCCAUUUCGCUAUACCAGAGACAUUGUUAAACGCCGUCGACAUGAAACAGGCUAAUUACUGGUUCUGUUUAGUCGUGUUACUCUGUCUGUAUAUAAUGUUGGACAUUGGAACGUACACAUUACUCAAAUUGAGGCUGGAGAAACGUGUAUAAAGAAAGAAGAAAUUCGGAAUCAUGAGUGAGAUUCUAAACGGAAACAUUUUUAUUCUAUUCGUGCUGUGUUCAGUGUAAAUAGAACAGUACAAAAUGAAUCAUUAUUGAAGACUGACUUCUAAAACAUUCUGCAAAAGUAAAAGGAAACAAUUCUUUUGUACAGAGUGUUUACUAUAAAGAAAGAAUAAUGAAAUUAUAUAUGCAUUUAUUGACAUUUUAUUAAAUGAAUAAUGCUUCAUUUGUAUAGAAAUAAUGAUGCCGUCAUCACGAGAUUAUGGUAUUGAUGAUAUCCUUCCGAUGCUGCGUUUCGUUCCCAACGAUAACUGCGCGGAUGUUUUGUAUAAAUUACGUGACAUGAAACGCGAUGUGCAUAAAUACAUAUCAUCUAUUAAAGUCUAAUGAAAUGCAGUUUCGUACAUCUAUCUUUAUAAAUCGGGAUAUGUAAAGGUAUUAAUGAAGGAAGAAAACGUGUUAUACAACAAUCUGUUAUUAAAGAAAUUAACACGUUUCUUGCUUAUUAAAAAUCUAGCAUUAGACAAUGCAAGAAAUGAAACAUCAAAAAACCAAAUACGUGAGUUGUUGUUAGAUCAUUUCUAAGUCACGCGAUGUUUAAAUUUUAUAUGUGAUUUUUAUUCCCAAUGAAUAUGUACAACUGAAUAUUGUUCAGCGUUGAUGAAAAUAAAUUCCAAUGCUGUUGAGUGUAA